GCUGGACGUCAUGCCCUGGGUGCGGUUCCUGGCCUGGCUCGCACGCGCUGCGGACUUUCGGUCGCCGCACGGAGGCGAUCGGCAACCUCUGCAGACUCUCAGACGACGUCCGGCGCUGUGGGGGAAGGGAGAUAGAUUGAUUCGGGAGGUCGUGCAUGUCAUGUGGCGGGGUGGGGUGUGUACGUAGGCAGUUGGGUGCAGCUGGAACGGCAAUCCGGACGUUGGAGUCGUGUUUCGGUGGAGCGUGGGUUCGACCGUAGCGUGGGAGUUGUGAGCAGACCACGUGCAGCAGACGGAUUCGUGUCAAUGUGGUCUGCACCUCGGAUGAGGUGCCGCGCGUGGUUUUUCUUGCCUGCUCACCAGCCGAUGGGGAUGGCAACUGUCGGCGGGAAUGGUGUGUGUUCUGUAGUAGCUGCUGAGAAGGGUUUGAUGUCCUGUCAGGGUUUGUGAUAUCAAUCUCGCGUGUGUUUCUGGAUUCACCAGGCUCAUGAGAUUCGAGGGUGACGUCGGCUAAGGGAACGACCCGCCGGAUGGUACAAGUCGGCUAUCUACGGUGCUGAUGUUGACUGUGGCGUUCAUCGGAGUUCCCGUUCGGCGCGUGUCCAGCGACACGGUCCAGAGAUGGAAUGCGUCAGGCGUGCCAAACAUUGAUCCACUGAUGUACGUGGCGUUAAUCUUCCUUGGAGGGUUGUCUUUUUGGCGUGCGUUGGGGGCGCUGUUUAUUUGCGUGGAUAAACAUUCGCGGCGAGUGGCCCACCAAAUUGGAUAAGAUAGAGACAUCAUGGAUGACCGUGACCUUGUGGCGACUGAAGCGAAUUUGCUGUGUGCCGGGUGCCAGACGCGUACCCUGUGGAGGCGAGUCUUGGGGUACCGACGGUGCUAUCGAACCCUGGCGUACGCUCCAUAACGCAGAAGCCGUCGGUGACGACUCGAGGUGCGCAUCAGCAGCGUCCGUCUGUGUUUACCCGACUAUGUGGUCAUCUUUCAUGGCUCGCACACAGGCUGUAGGCAACGGCUGGUGACCGUGACGGAUGUGACAAAGGUGGUGAAGGAUUUAUCGUGAGGUGCAGGGUGCCGGGGUGUCCCCUUUUGUGUGCGACGGUGGAGACACGACCUGCACUAGACAGUCAGGGAUGGAUGCCGCCGCGGGGAUCGUGUUGGAAUCAUUUGGGUAGUCAGCAAGCAUGCUCGGCCCGCUUAUGAUCGAUAGCAGUGCAUAUAGGACCGGUAGACCUUGAACCGUGAGACUCACCAAUAACCCUGUAGGAAAACAGGAACAUGUCUCGUUAUGGUCGGCAGUGUAGUUGGGCCGUGUGCAUAACUCAGUCAUACAGUCGCACGGCGGAGGGUGGGUGGCAAGCGGAGACACGACGGCUGACGAGAGAGGUAAUGAUGUACUGAAUUCAACUGACCUCUCGAAGAGGACCUCGUGUUCGCAUUUGUCUUCUUCUUUGGCCGCUGGGGAAGCAUGAUGUGCGCAGUGCAGAAACGGAGGGGUUGGCUGCUGAUCUAAGGCUGUGGGGUUGGAAGAAUGACUGGGCAGUUGGGCUGCAGAUGACUGUGGAUCGACUAGGGCCAUGCUUCACAUGAAUGACCUCAGGUUGUGAGACGGCCCACAGGUUUGAGCUUUAUUACCGACAUCAUAUCUCAGCGCUGAUAUCCAGAGUUAUGCUGGAGGGUUGUUUGAUGCGCUUGCGUCUCAUAAGCUAGGGCUUGGUAGAGGGGAGCGUGUUGAGGAGGGGACGGCGUAUCUUCUCUUUGCCGUCGAGGAGCGACGUGAUGGUAGGGCUUCGGCCGACGCUGCCGGUGAGAUGCCGGUAGUGCACCUUCUGCCACUGGGUGACUGAGAACAUUCGUGCUGAAUUCAUUUGAAGAGUAAGUCCGUGUCUAGUUGUGAAGCCAAGCGGCGGCAUACAUCGUUAAAUGCAGGUGCCCCCAGUAUUGUUUUAGGUUCCACGAUGCCGUGAUUUUGUUGGCAGACUGAAGCGGUACGGCGAAAGAGGCUUGGAGCAGGGGUCGCGCCUCUGUAAAACGCCUCCAUUAUAUGUCGGAGGUUUGUCAGACGUUCUAUUGUUGCAUCACGCAAACAGCUGGGCGCAAGCCGAUUACUCAGCAGCGCGAAUUUGGCAGUGAACAAGGCCCGUGAAGCCACAUUCGGGAUCUUCGCGAAAGGCACCAACCGUUCGGAAAACGUAACCGGAAACCAUUUUCGGCGGUCAGAUGCAGUGUCCGGUGUCGCUGGUUUCGUUUGUGCGCUGAGGCUCGGUGUUGCUAAUUGUGUCUUCUGUGUCUUUUUGUUUCUGCGGCCCGCGGCUCUUGUGAAGUGCCUAGCUGGUGUCUGGCAGCUUUGUUUGAGAUGAAUAUCUCAAUGGAUGGCGUUGCCGUGUAUACAUGUUACACCUAGUACGUUUUCUAGAGUUUGCUGUUGUGUCGUGUUUCCUGUGUGCGGGGUUGUGGCUGGCGAUACAACCGUGCAUUGGUAGAGUUUGGGGUUCUUCUUGCACGCGCGGUCCAGUGUUUCACGCAUCGAUGUUUGCCGUUAUAAGUUCAUUGGACGGAAUGGUGCGCUAUACCCGUCGAGACGUGUUUCGGCGAUGUGUGUCGGGGGAGGGCUGUAGGCGUGGCUAGACAGAAGUGACCGCAGAAACGUCCACCACUUCUGCUAUUGGUCUAUCCACAGUUGCUCAUGUGCUAGUUCGACCUAAUCCGUAGUCCGUAGUAGUGAAUCGUGUCAAAAGCGUGGCGUGUUGUCUAGCUGUCUGGCGUCCUGUCUCUCAGAAGGCUUCUCGCACUGCCGGUUCUUGCGUUACGAAAGAUUUCUUACGUCUCGUGGUGCAUUUCAGUUUCUUCGCUUGUCUUGACUGCGCCUGAUCACAUGUUUCCCAAUAUUUUCCGGUGGCCGUCACAUGCGGUAGGCAGCAGUCGGGGACGGGUGUACUACAGUGGUGAGGAGUGUGACGGAGGAGCAAUGGUGGGAUACGAAGCGGCGGGGUGUGCUAUAUAUGUAGAAGGGGGACGGAACCAGACGGAACAGUGAUCCAAUGGCAGCUGUACCGACGAGGUGGUUUUGAAAUCUUGCGGUUCCAAAAUGUGUGACCAGCUGUGCAAAUUCAACUUGAGUACGGUCAAACACAGUAGUCCAUUUCGUACUUUUUUCUAACCACAUCCACCUUGGAUUGAUAAAGUUGCUGGAUGCUGAGCUGUAAGAUUUCUCGCUGUCGUCGGAAGUGCCCUGUCGUGGUUUCACGGAUACUGGAUCAGAGAGACUAUGUCGACGCGCAGCACUAAUGACGAAUAUGCUGUUAUUGCGGCUGAUCUCCCGCAGCCGGUCGCCUGUGUUGCAUGUCUCCUUCUCUCACCGACCACCGAGGGAGGCUUGUGCCGGAUGGAGGAGGCAAAGUAUAUUGGCCGCCACCAAAAAGCGACCUUUCUGCAGGCGGAGCUCGUGGCCAUUGUUGAGGGAGAUCAAGAAUCCGCUACGAUCGUGGUCGACGAGCACUGUGUCACCAUGAGAGACAUCUUCUGUAAUCUGCUCACCUAUUGAAAAGAUCACCGUGUUGUUUAAAGUGGUUUCGAUGAGCAACGUGUUGCGGAUCGCUUGCAGAAAUCGGGAGUAGGGAGAGCUGACGCUGUGAGAAGGGUCAUGGAAUGGGUAUAGUCUCGGAUGAGUAGAUGAGAAGCCGGACGCAGAAACCACCUCAAGCGUUCCAACUGAGUAAAUGCCAGAUUGAGGAAGGGGAGUAGUGCGCCGCUGCUGGCGUAGACGUGAGGGUGAUUUGAGUGCCAGAUGGUUGUGCCUAUACCUUCUGAGUGAAGUAGAGUUGUAACGGCGGCACUCCGUUUGAGGAGGCAGUUCUGGCAUAUGGUCGCCACCGUGGUACGGAUCCACUACCAGCUCAUGACGCUGCCAGAACUUCACUAAACGAUUGCUUUUUUGAAUACAGCUCUCCGCCACUGUCCGUGUUCGAUUCAGUCAAUGCGAAAAGCAUGCCGAUAACGCAUCGGCCUCCACUUGUCUGUAAACACAACGGAGCCAUGAUGGUUUAUGCCACGGAAGGCAAAAUCAGGUGGGGACUGACGGCAGGUCGUCUUCAUACUAGAUAUGUGCGUAAGACUUUUGCCUGUUUUCUGUGUUCUGCCUUACGGGAUUUUGUACCCAACGGAACUGCGCGAAUUAUCCCUCGCUAUCUCAAGAAGUAAACUGACGGUGUGUCGCAGCAGUAGUUUGAUGUGACGCCAUACAUCUAAGUGACGCUGGUCACUGUGUUAUUUGUGUGUCUGAAAUGUGUAUGUUUGCCGUAGGGUUCCCUAAUCAUGUGGUGUGAUUGAUGCCGUCAUGCUUUCGUAUGCCGCUUCUGCAUGUGGUGCCGCCGACCCGCAGCGCCCGUGGGUUCAUGUGGUUGUAUUUGGCGUUGGGAGUGCGAUGGGCCUCACCGCACUUGUCUCGAGCCACUGCCGUGGUACGGGUGUCCAUGGGCCUGAAUGUCUGCCUAAAUGAGGGAUCUUCAGACUUGUGCUGAGCUAUUUAUGUACAGGGUUUAUGGUGACUCGUGUGUCCGUGGGAAAUUCUGGCAUCAGGAACUUUGACAUAUUGCAUUGAAGGCUUUGAAUUCCAUUCACACACCUCAACUCGAUAAUCAAAUCGAUCGUCUCGCCCGCCUCCACGGUGGCACGACAUGCUUUGUCUCCCCUCUCGCACAGAAAGUAGGGCCCCCCACGAGGAAGGCAUGUGAAACGUUUGUUAUAGUAGGAGUAGCAGAGGGCGGACGGAGAAAGACUUCGGGCGUGGCCGUGGCCGGCUGGGUGCAGAAACUAGUUGAUCAGGGAAGGUGUGACGGCGGGCACGACGGCCAUAGCGUUGACUGCGUGCGUUUGUGUGAUUUCGGUAAAUGCGUGGUAUCCACUUGUCAUGUUAGGGUCAGGACGAUACAGAGCCACGCGGCAUUUGACGGAACCGCGGACAAAACAGAUGGAAUCUUGCGUUGAGUGUCGCCUGUCAAUUGUCUUUCCCCGACUCUUCUUGGGGAGGAUGAAGGAUGGCAAGUGUAAGUGGGUGGACACGGAGCUGGCUCGUGGCCAGCAGGGAAGCCGAGGUACGUUAAGAAGACGCCACUGCGCUGCCUGUGACAGCCAACAGAUCUACUAAAGGUCGCAUUUGACGAGAGCGAGCUCCUUUUGUGACAUGGUUUCGAGGGCAUGUCCGCGGGGCGGUGUACCUCCCUGCUCUCGACUGUUGUUUGGAAUGUCUUAACGUUUUUUUAGUCCAAGCAGGUAAGGACGUCACCGUAUAGUAAAUUGAGACAUGCAGUGGGUACCGUCUGUUACGAGUCAAUGAGAUGCAACAGAAAGGUCGUCGCACUAUCACCCUGCUACCUUCAUGUGUUGUUACGACUUCCCUGGUAAACAUGGGUCCACCAUCCAGUAGUGAAAGGGUGUGUUAACGAUGUCAAACAAUGUUGCUGGAGAUUGUUUCCAGCAUAGCGCUGUUCCGUUCCAUGUUUUGCGAGAAGACAGAACAAUAGCGGAUGGAGGCCCAUCAGGAUAUCACCUCAGUACACGUACUUGAUGCUGGAUGUGUCACGCUCACGCGUUCAUUGUGCAUAAAAGGUUGUUGUGGGAUCAUACUCACCAUGCGCUGGCCUCUACUUAUCGGUGGCCGCAACACGAGAAUCAGCGCUAGCGUACGGCCCGGUAACGCUACCUUAGGCGGCAGCUCCCAGUCGUAUGUAUGCAUAACGAGUACGACGUAUUGAAGAGUCUGUGCUUCUUUUCUGUGCCUCAGUGUCCAGCAUUUCACAUUUUACGGAUCUGGCCGAGCUUAGCCUUGGUACUGGAAGACGUAGAGUGACGGAGCGCCGCAGCAGUGCUGUGGUGUGCCAGCAUGCAUCGAGAUGGGGAUGCCAACUGCAUUCGUUCUCGCUUGGAAGUGGCCUGUGUGUCGUUCGGUCUUGGGUUUGUGUGUUGCGAGAGCGUGAUCUGGAUUGUUGAUUGAACAGCAUGAGAGCAAUGGUCGGCCACAACGUGCGUAACGGAGACGUUGAUGAGGGGUGCACCUCGCAGCGGCGCUUGCGCAUCUUGUGGUCUCUUUUAUCGUCGUCGUGUGAUGAUGGAGAUUGCAAGCAGCCAGAGUCCAUGAACGAAAUGUCGAUACCCAGAUAAAAACGUGAUGUCUUGUCGGAAAGGGUCGUGCACCUGUUUGCAGUAUAUUUCGGAUCCACUGUCCUCGAUGCUCAGGGGAGAGGGCUUUCCUAUGAGCCUGCGUGACGACAUACCUUGCUGCUAGUGAUGGCUGUUUUGAAUGGCUUCACGGCUUUGGACAGUUACAGAAAAAAGUAGUACGAUCGCGACAUCAUGAUGACACGGGGCACUUAUAGAGUACCAGGUGUUGCAGGUUUGACUGCGAGGCAUCAGGCAGGUACUGGCUCCACCAUCGCCGUUGAAAGGUGAGAUACGGAGCAAGGCGUGCUAUCGUCUCGUUGGUCGAAUAGGCGAUGAACGAUUCAAUCGGUAAGAGGAUGCGCGCGCCUUCUCAGCGGGGAACUGUGUGGGUAGUUAAAGGCAUGUUGGGUAUUGUGUGUGAAUACAGCAGUGCCACAUUUCUGCAGGAUGAGGACGGAGGCAACGUCAUGCUUGCCGCGGAAAGAGUUCAUCAAAACCGCCUGCAGAUACAACGGUGGACGUUUCGUGCCGGCACAGUCGAUGUUGAAAAGCACCCAUGCUAGGUACGGAUUCUGGGAAGAUCGUCUCCCUUACGGGACGACUCAUGUGGGGACACAUACUCCCGGGGACGGACAAGCAUUCAAGCUGUGUCGCGCAUGUGUCUUUUGUCAUCCUGGGGGGCUGGCAGCCAUGCGAGGCAACAAGUACUGGCGGCACUGUUCAGUGGGCAUACGUCACAGGUCCGGCGAGAUUCACUGGCAUCAAGUGGCUUCACAAAGCCAUGUUGUCGCUUCUCUGUACUAUCGAACAAACGGAAGAAUUGGUAGGAUCCGUCUGCCUGGAUGGCAAGCGUGUGUCAAUGUGUUUUUCGGUUGUUGAGCUGGGCGACGGAGAGACAGUUCUAGACGCUGGGCAUCAAAGGUCCAAUGGAGAAAGGACUCGCCAUCAUAUGCUUGCUACCUUACUUGUUAAGACACGUUCAGCAGCAAGACUCGGUGCAGCCGUGAGACCGGGAAGUGGUGCAGUCGGUUGCAAUCCAGUACCGCCGGUUUUGUUGUCACUACGACGGUCCAGUGUUUCGGCAGAGACAAGCGGCACGGAGCAGCAAGUUACCGGCAGGCGGCCAUCACCAGUAGAGCACUCAAUUAUGAAGCUGGACACUGAGGGCACGCUCAGCUAGCGUGGAAGUUUGUCCGUGAACCAAAACGGCAUACAGUGUAUAGGUCCCCUUGUUUGACAGUGCACGAGAUACGUGACACCAGCUGUAUGUUACGCAGGGAAGGCUAGCUUCUUCCAAAACAUGUGACUGCGCGGACUCCUACACAAUAGAAUGUGUCAGCAAGUUUGGCUUCUCGACUGGUCUCCGUCAUUACCUUUUCCAAAUCGAGCAAUGGCGGCCUACCUUUUUUUGACGGAAUGGCACGAUGGUCCGUCGCAACCUUAUCUGAGGUGCACAGUCGCACUAUGUGUAGACGCGGUGCGUCGUUGGUUCUGAAAGUAUGCUGCCGAGCCAGCACAGACUUGCGGUGGGACCUUGCUGGAUGCUAUGUGCGACCGACAUCAGUGGAUUCGUGUGGCCUGGUCACCAGUCCAGCACUGACGGCCUCGCCUUGUGAUCUCCAGCGGCUAUGACUCGAAGGGGCUGCAGGUAUGGCUACGGAGAAGUGUUCGAAAAUUCAUGAGCGAUGGCUUUGGAAGAGGACAUGGGUGACCGCAUGCUGGUGGAAAGUGAACGGCAUUUGGUGUGCGUCUGCACCGUUUCCUGUGGUCGUGCUGCUUGGAGUCCUGAGCAUGCUGAGGACACCAAACUCUGCCCUCACCAGAUGUUCGGAGCUUGCAGCCAUCAAAGACCUCGGCUGGUGGUUUCGCCUGACUACAACAGCCGAUGAAACGGCUUCUUUCUUCUUCACAUGAGGUCAUCGGCGGAAAGAUCUUUCGACAGCAGCAGGCAGCGGAUUUCGUACUGUUUUCGGUGCAGUAGUAUCUCGACUGUGCAACAUCUGAAGGCAAGCAGGGCCAUGGUGCAGGCAGCGAUUUAUAAUCAGAACAGUACUCUGAUACGGUGCUAGGCGUUUUGCUUGCGGGCUAUUGACGAGCCCUCCAAUCGUAGCUAAGGGCAGGCCCAUCAUGUCGUGGUCUGCAUCUGUCAGUGUGCAUCGUGGAUGAAGCCGAGAGUGUUUGUUCUGCGGAGAGCCGAGUUUGUGCGGCCUGUGCGACAGAGUACCAUAGUCAUGAAGAUUUUCAGUUGUUGCCGCGCUUUUGUUUUUUCGAUGGUUCUGAGGGUCAGUUAAUUCGUUAUAAAGGCUUCAUUCCCAUCCAGUGCUACAUCGACGAUGGUUUAAAAAGCAUUCAGCGUCGUGUUUUGCCGGGAUUAGUCUGAUGAUGCCGCCGAGGGGCGUGAAUAGAAAUGCUCUCCUAACAAUGGUAUGUUUGACGAUGGAGGAGGGUUGUAGGUGUAGGUGGGCAUGAUUCGUUGGAUAUUCGUCUUCCGUGGCAAAAGAGUGUUUCAAUUGUGAAGCAUUUUGGUUGAGAGGAAAAAGCAGUGGAAACAUGGUAGUAUUGCUUAGUGUAGACUAAUCCCAUGAAGUCCUAGUGACGCUGAAGGUGCAAGCCAAUAACCAAUGGUGAGGACUCAAGAUGAUAUCUAGUGGUGUUGGGUUAUACUACCAGUCAUUGUCGUGUCUGCGUGACAAUAUGUGGCUGGUUGCCGUGUCUUGUUGAUCUUGACCACGAAGAUGUACAAGGAACGGUGAAUUGAGCAGUACGAUUAGCCGUCUCUGGUUUAUGGGUCCAGGACGGUGCGUCACUGUUAUACUCCUUGCCUCUAAUGUAUACGUGCACAUGGUGUUGGUGACACGGGAAGUAAAAUGCUCAGUUUCCUUGAUAACAGAUGGACACUGUGAGGGCGAUGACGAAUCAAACGUUGUGAAGAUGUCUCGGACGGAGAACUACUUAGUGUGCUCCUCCAUUGUGUAUCGGAGUCGAUGAAUCGACGGGUACUUAGGUUGGCGUAGCCUCUGCUGCGAGCAGGCAUGGGAAUAUAGUGCCGGGAGUAACGUGACUCUUUGAAAUGUCUUCGAGACUACCGUUUGAUGAAUUGACAGGUCGCGGAAGUAUGCGGGGCAAAUGGCUCGGCAAGGGUCCCUCACCAGAUGCGCGCUCGUCGAGAGCCGCUGGCAGCUGUUCUAGCGCACAGUCGCUGACCGUUUAGAUCGUGCACAUAGUCGGUCGACCCCCGCGUGUAGGUCUUCCACCUGAAGUGGGAAACUGUUCAGGACACGUUCUGGCGCCUAAGUGGCAAUUCCUUCGCAGCUCCAUGCGGAGCAGCCUUGCGGAGAAUACAUAGUAUUCCUUACAUUCGCUUUUUGGGAGUCUCGUUGUUCGAGAGUUCGCACCAAGUGUUGCUGCCCCAGCUGGUCCUGUCUAUAAGAUGGAGUGAGCCAACGCCAGGUCAGAGUCAUAUUUGCGGUAGAGGUUUCUAUUGACAACGGCACCACAGUGGUGAACAUCACCACGGAAUGUUUGAUGCUUGGGGGCGUGGAAUUCGUGAGAGUGGUCUCGUUGUCCUCGACACAGUCAUGUAUCGGUUCUGGCUGGGCAUCUGCUGGUGUGCCACAUUUUUUGGAAGACGUCUUUGGUUUUGACCACCUGCAGCGGAACAACC